CACCUUUUGAAGCAGAAACCCCAAAAUAGCCAUCACCACUGGUCAAAAUACCGACCAAGGAAGUAUAAGUCGACGCUCGCAUUUAUUAUCUGCUAUUGAACAGCGUGCCUCUGUUAAUAACACUAUGAACCGCGAAAUUGAGCAACAACGAGGCGGCCUAGAACGGCAUUCAAAGGAGUUGCGUGAUAUUUGCACAAAUAAUGUAUCAGUGUUGCUGUCACAACACUCGACUGCCUCUAAUCGAUACUUGAAAAACCUUUCUGAUGUUUCUUCUGAUGUAGCAGAGAGAUUAGUCAAGAAUUUAAAAGAGAAAGGAAAACUAAAUGCUUCAACACUAAGAAAAUUAACAGACCAUUGUUAUUUGCAAAAUGUCUUGUUGGAUUCAUAUACUUAUUGUACAGAUUCUUUGGUUGAAGACUUGUCCAAAUCAAACUCUUCUAUAUCCAUCACCAAAGUCAGCCUUCGAGGAUGCGAUGUGAUUACGGAUAAUGGCAUUCGCUCUUUAAUAGGGCUAAAGAACUUGGACUAUCUGGACUUGAACAACUGCAAAAUAACAGACAAAGGAUUGAAGUCGCUUGAGCAACUGCAUUACCUUGGCUAUUUGAAUUUAUCGAAAACAAAGAUUACAGACAGAGGUAUCGCUUCUAUGAUAUCAAAUUCAAAAUUCAAGGAACAUCUUCAAGUUCUACUUUUGGAUGGUUGUAGCAAUAUCAAGUCUUCAAACACGCUAGUGCCUGUUGUGAAUGAAUUUCCAAACUUGCUUCAGUUAUCUUUGGCAAACACUUUAAUUGGCCAGCAAGAAACAUCAGUUAAACUGAGAAAGAACGUCAUGUUGGAGCAUUUAGAUGUGAGCCAUACCGGCAUAGAUGAUCAAGUUUUGAUCCAAAUCAUUAGUCAGUUUAAGCAACUUUCAGCUUUGAAGCUUUCUGCUUGCCUUGAGUUGUCUACAAGAGCAUUGUCAUUUCUUCCAAGAGAAUUGAAACGCUUAAAGCAGGUUCAGUUUCCUAACCGAAAGCAUGAGCUUGAUGGAGUUCUAGCAAGAUAUAGAGAUCUGCCGUUAGAAUACCUUGAUUUAGGCUCUUUUGAUAUCACAGAUGAGGGGGCUCAGCAUAUUGCUUGCAUGAAACAUCUACGCUUCUUGAGCUUAGAAGGGACAAAAGUAACAAAUCAAGGAACCAGCUUAUUUAAAAAUUUGGUUGAACUUGAAAAGCUCCAUUUAGAUAGAACAGUCAUCACGGAUGAAGGGGUUGCAAGCUUAGGAGGAGUUUCUAAGUUAGAUACGUUGUCACUUUGUCAUACUGGUGUAAGUAACGCUACGCUAAAGUUGUUUGGGGAUUAUGAGAAGACGGCUUUUACUCGGUGCUUGAGAAGUUUGAAUCUUGCCCAAUGUAUUCUCAUUACAGAUAAAGGCAUUCGUCAUUUGAGAGGGAUGGUCAACCUUACUAACCUAAAUCUGGACCAUACAAGCGUGACCAAGAGUUGCCUUAAAUAUCUAAAAGAUUUAAAGCACUUGAAGCCUGUAAGAUUGUUAGGCAUUGAAAAGGAAGAGGAAGAAGAUACAGAUUAGAAUAUGGACUAAAUUGUAUGUGAAGCAAUCAAUAUUGUGUGACAAACUUUCCAAAUGAGAGAAAAGAUUCCAAUGUAAUGUACUUUUCAGUUUCUUCUCUCAAAUAAAUAAAAAUAAAUAAAAAAUAAAAACGACUUGGAGUCUGUCAAUGUCAGAC